AUGGAAUCCGGUAAAAUCCCAAACAAAUUUCUCGGAGUAAGAAACAACAAGAUCUACAUGGACCUAAAGCUCAUAAUCCGUGAACACGCCCUCCAAUUCCUCCCCGCAAAAUCCCUCUUCAAAUUCCGAGGCGUCUGUCGCGAUUGGAAACUCAUAAUCUCAACUCCAUUUUUCGCCCACAACCAAUCCCUCUCAUUCCGUUCCCUUUCCGGUCUCUUCCUCCAAACCCCCGGAACCCCCUCAACCUUCGUUUCCCUCGACCCCAAUUCCGCCGGAAUCCCCGAUCCCGCCCUCAAAUUCCUCCCCGCCCCCACCAACAUCCUCGCCUCCUCCAACGGCCUCCUUUGUUGCCAAGCUCUCAGUGGCGACCGUGCGUACUACAUCUGCAACCCUGUCACCUCCCAAUUCAAAAAACUCCCGAAACCGAGCUUCGACCACGGGCGGGACCCGGCCGUCGUUCUCAUCUUCAACCCCUCUCUCCUCAACUUCGUAGCGGAAUUCACCCUCGUCUGCGCAUUCCGUUCCGCCGACUUCGACGACGGAACGGAAUUCGAAAUCUAUUCCUCGAAAACCGACACGUGGACCGUCUCGGGCGAAAUCAAUUUCGCCGCGAAGAAACUCGUCCCGAAAUCAGGCGUCACGGUGAACGACUGCGCGUAUUGGCAAACGUACAACGGUGGGAUUUUAGCGUUUGAUUUGGUUAAGAACCGGUCUCAAGUGAUACACGGGUGUCACUACGGUGGGGCCGGGUGUUUAGGGGAGAUGAAUGGGAAGCUUUGCAAUGGACAUGUGAAUGGGCAUACGAUGAUUGUGAGUGUGAUUUCGAAUAUUUACUCGAAUACGAUGCAAAUGAGUAGUCACGCGAGGUUAUGGGAUGAUAAAGUGAGGAUUCAAUUGAGUAAUGAGGUUUUUGAUGGAAGUGUGAAUGAUGAUUUGUUUUCGGUUUUGCAUGUGGAGAGUGAUUUUGCGUUGGUUUUGGGGAGACGGAAUGUUUAUCGGUUUGAUUUGAAGACAAAAGAGAUUAAGUUUGUGGUUGAGGCUGCGCAGUUUGAUCGGAAGGGGAAAGGGAUACCAUACGUGAAUAGUCUUGUCGCGCUUUGA